GGUACACAAGCUUUGGAAUCAGUUACUUCUCUCAUCUCAUCUCCUUUUCCUCGGUCUUUCUUCGUUUCAAAUGCCGGAAAACAUGAGCAUAUCUGUAAAUGGACAAUCCCAAGUCCCUCCCGGUUUCCGAUUUCAUCCCACCGAAGAGGAGCUCUUGCAAUACUAUCUCAGAAAGAAGGUUUCAUAUGAGAAAAUAGAUUUAGACGUAAUUCGGGAUGUUGAUCUUAAUAAGCUCGAGCCCUGGGAUAUCCAAGAGAGCUGCAAAAUUGGAACCACUCCUCAGAACGAUUGGUACUUUUUCAGCCACAAAGACAAAAAGUAUCCAACCGGGACUCGCACGAACCGUGCCACGGCUGCUGGCUUUUGGAAAGCGACCGGCCGAGACAAGGUGAUAUAUAGCAACUGCCGGCGGAUCGGAAUGAGGAAGACUUUGGUGUUCUACAAAGGGAGAGCCCCUCAUGGCCAAAAAUCUGAUUGGAUCAUGCACGAAUACAGGCUAGACGAUAACAUCGUUGAAACGACUGUGUCCAAUGCUAUGGGGGAGGGGACACAAGAAGAAGGAUGGGUGGUAUGUCGUAUCUUCAAGAAGAAAAAUCACCACAAAACCCUGGAUAACCCCAAUAGCUCAUCUCUCGGUUCAGAGAGCAGGAACCAUAUGUUGAGUGCAUGCAACGAAGGAGAGUUGGAGCAGAUACUGGAACACAUGCGAAGGAAUUGCAAUGAAGAGGGUGUAGCAAACAACAGUUGGAGAUUGAUGAGGCCAAUCGAGACAGCCAUCAGCAAUAGCUACCCAGACUCAUUCAUGAAACUCCCAAGCCUCGAGAGUCCCAACUCCACCAGUAGCCAGAACUGUUAUCAACCCAUGAUGGUAGACAAUGAAGGGUCAAUCACAAAUCAGGUGAGUGGUGAUCCCAACUCAAGGCUCACAAACUGGGCAGCACUUGACCGGCUUGUAGCAUCCCAGCUCAACGGCCAAACAGAGACAUCUAGGCAAUUAGCCUGCUUCAAUGACCACUCCAUCUCCAUGGGCUACGGUAACCCCAGUGCUGAUCAUCAUCAUCAUGAUCUCCAAUCACCAGCCCUUCGAUACAACAGGUCUUACAAUGGAACUCAGGAUUAUAACAGCGAAAUGGACCUCUGGAGUCUCACCAGAUCAUCCUCAUCGUCCGACCCAUUGUGCCACGUGGUGAAUGCUAGUGUAUAACAGAAUAACCCUACUAUAAAAUCAUACCUUAGCUCCUAAAGUCAGAAGGUUAUUAUUACAGCAGUUAUGUUGAUGAGUAUAUAGAUAUGAUAAAUAAAAAUAAAGUAAUUUUUUUUUCCAUA